AUGGGAUCAAGUGCUAGAGAAACGGGAUUAGUGUUUACGGUGUCGUUAAAAACAUGGGACCACUAUGAUCAUCUUUAUCUCCUUAAGCUAUUCAAGGAUAUCAAAGAUCAUCUACAGAAAAGGAAUUUCUUGGAUACAGACACACAUACAUGUGCUUAUUUAUAUGUCUCUUGCAACAUAAAGAUUUUUAGUUGGGUUCAAACAAAACUUAGUGGAAAGAAACAUAAGUCAACUUCAGAUUCUUCUCAAGAAACAUCAGGACCUGCUUUGAGUAAAGACCUCCAAAGUUGGCCUCAAGAAACAGUACUAGCCAUUGGAACACUUGGAAACAAUCUCUUCUCCAAAGAAGAACAAGAAAAAGAAGAUGAAGCAGAUUCUAGCAAAGACCUCACUAGGGUUAACACGGAUGUUACUAUCGGAAAGAAGAAAUCGCUCUCUUUUCUUCUCAAGAAGAUGUUUGUUUGCACAAAUGGCUUCAAAAUCCCACCUCCUCCUCUUGAUUUGUCUACAGGAGAUUCAGUUCCCUACACACGUAUGGAAAAGAUGCUGAAGACAAUACCCAACAAGAAAAUACAUCCACAACAUUCAAAUGCUAUAGCAAAGAAGUAUUUGGAGAAUCGUAAGACUAUAGAUGAAGCUCGUCCAAGUGUUGAGGCCAACAAAUGGAGCAAGACUGAUUCUGAAUGUAUCCAGUGA